GCGGCGGGGGAGGAGUUGAGGGGAGCGGUCCCGGCUUAACGAAGCUCGUGCUUUGGGGCGGAAGGACUCGGUCCAGGUCUGAAGAGGUGGGAAGCACCCUUCUUAGGGGUUUGCAAACGUUCCCCGGGUGGUACCCUCUGUAAGAAAAAAAAGUUUUAGUUUUCUUUGCUCUCAGAAUCCAUUCAGUACAGUGGAGUGGGGGCCGCGCCGCCAAGAUCGUGAUUUCGGGAUUUUAUCCACAAGUGCUUGUGAAAAAGAUGGCUGAUAUUAACCUCAAAGAAGUAACCUUAAUAGUAGGUGUGGUUACUGCCUGCUAUUGGAACAGCCUCUUUUGUGGUUUUGUUUUUGAUGAUGUUUCAGCAAUACUGGAUAAUAAAGACCUGCAUCCAUCUACACCUUUAAAAACUUUAUUUCAGAAUGACUUCUGGGGAACCCCUAUGUCUGAGGAGAGAAGCCACAAGUCUUACCGUCCCUUAACAGUAUUGACAUUUCGCUUAAAUUAUCUGUUUAGUGAGCUGAAACCAAUGUCAUAUCAUCUCCUAAAUAUGAUUUUUCAUGCUGUGGUUAGUGUGAUAUUUCUUAAAGUCUGCAAACUUUUUCUGGACAACAGGAGUAGUGUCAUUGCUUCUUUACUUUUUGCAGUGCACCCAAUACACACAGAAGCAGUAACCGGUGUUGUAGGAAGAGCAGAACUUUUGUCAUCUAUCUUUUUUCUAGCUGCAUUUUUGUCAUAUACCAAAUCAAAAGGACCAGAUAAUUCCAUAGUAUGGACUCCAAUUGCUUUGACAGUGGUUUUAGUUGCUGUUGCAACAUUGUGUAAAGAACAAGGAAUAACAGUUGUGGGAAUUUGCUGUGUGUAUGAAGUAUUUAUUGCCCAGGGGUAUACUUUGCCAUUAUUAUGUACUACUGCCGGACAGUUUUUCCGUGGGAAGAGUAAUAUUCCAUUUUCUAUGCUGCAGACACUAAUAAAACUCAUUGUUUUGAUGUUCAGUACACUAUUACUUGUUGUGAUUAGAGUCCAGGUCAUUCAGUCCCAACUUCCAGUAUUCACCAGAUUUGAUAACCCAGCUGCUGUAAGCCCAACUCCUACAAGGCAGCUAACUUUUAACUACCUCCUUCCCUUGAAUGCUUGGCUUCUAUUAAAUCCUUCGGAACUAUGCUGUGAUUGGACCAUGGGAACAAUACCACUUAUAGAAUCAUUUCUAGAUAUUCGAAAUCUUGCCACAUUUAUUUUCUUUUGCUUUUUGGGGGCUUUGGGGGUAUUCAGUCUCAGAUACCCUGGUGAUUCCUCCAAGACUGUUUUAAUGGCACUUUGUCUAAUGGCAUUACCAUUUAUUCCUGCAUCAAACCUUUUCUUCCCAGUGGGAUUUGUUGUUGCUGAGCGAGUAUUAUAUGUUCCUAGCAUGGGGUUCUGUAUUUUGGUAGCCCAUGGAUGGCAGAAAAUAUCAAACAAAAGUGUAUUAAAAAAGUUAUCCUGGGUUUGUCUGUCUAUGGUGAUAUUCACUCAUGCCUUAAAAACACUCCACAGAAAUUGGGAUUGGGAGUCUGAAUAUACAUUGUUUAUGUCAGCCUUGAAGGUAAAUAAAAAUAAUGCCAAAUUAUGGAAUAAUGUGGGUCAUGCUCUGGAAAAUGAAAAGAACUUUGAGAGAGCUUUGAAAUACUUCUUACAGGCUACUCAUGUUCAGCCAGAUGAUAUUGGUGCUCACAUGAAUGUAGGAAGAACUUACAAAAAUUUAAAUAGAACCAAAGAAGCUGAAGAAUCUUACAUGAUGGCUAAGUCCCUGAUGCCCCAAAUUAUUCCUGGUAAAAAAUAUGCAGCCAGAAUUGCCCCUAACCACCUAAAUGUUUAUAUUAAUCUGGCCAAUCUGAUCAGAGCAAAUGAGUCCCGGCUGGAAGAAGCAGAUCAGCUGUACCGGCAAGCAAUAAGCAUGAGACCCGACUUCAAGCAGGCUUAUAUUAGCAGAGGAGAAUUGCUUUUAAAAAUGAAUAAACCUCUUAAGGCAAAAGAAGCAUAUCUUAAAGCACUAGAGCUGGACAGAAAUAAUGCAGAUCUUUGGUACAACUUGGCGAUUGUUCAUAUUGAACUUAAAGAACCAAAUGAAGCCCUAAAAAAUUUUAAUCGUGCUUUAGAAUUAAAUCCAAAGCAUAAGCUAGCAUUAUUCAAUUCUGCUAUAUUAAUGCAAGAAUCAGGUGAGGUUAAACUUAGACCUGAAGCUAGAAAACGCCUUCUUAGCUACAUAAAUGAAGAGCCACAAGAUGCUAAUGGUUAUUUCAAUUUGGGAAUGCUUGCCAUGGAUGACAAAAAGGACAGUGAAGCAGAGAUGUGGAUGAAGAAAGCCAUAAAAUUACAAGCCGAUUUUAGAAGUGCUUUGUUUAAUCUGGCUCUCCUGUAUUCUCAGACUGCAAAGGAAUUAAUGGCUUUGCCAAUUUUGGAAGAGUUACUCAGAUACUAUCCUGACCAUAUCAAGGGUCUCAUUUUAAAGGGAGACAUUCUGAUGAAUCAAAAGAAAGAUAUACUUGGAGCAAAAAAAUGUUUUGAAAAAAUUUUGGAGAUGGAUCCAAACAAUGUGCAAGGAAAACACAAUCUUUGUGUUGUUUAUUUUGAAGAGAAGGACUUACUAAAAGCUGAAAGAUGCCUGGUUGAAACAUUGGCAUUAGCACCACAUGAAGAAUAUAUUCAACGCCAUUUGAAUAUAGUCAGGGAUAAAAUAUCCUCAUCUAGUUUUGCAGAACAGCCAGUAUCCCCAGCUGGUAAGACUUCAGGAUUAGAAGGAGACAAAAUUCCAACUGAAAAUGUAAAAGAAGUAAGAAGUGAACCCAGACCUACACAGAUCAUAAAACCAAGUGAUAAUAAAAGUCAGUCUAAGUCCAACAAACUAUUAGGAAAAAGUACAGACAAAGAGACACCCCAUAAAACAACAAAAGAAAUCAAAGAAAUUGAGAAAAAAAGAGUUGCUGCUUUAAAAAGACUAGAAGAGAUUGAACGUAUUUUAAAUGGUGAAUAGCAUUAUUUAUCAUGUGACAAUGUCUUCAAAGAACUUCAGUCUAUCUUAUGUGAUUGUUUAUACUGGGAGCUUUGAAAAAACAACAAGUGUACAUGUGACAGUCUAUCAUGAGCUGCCUCUACAUAGGAUCAAAAUACGAUUUUCAUUAAAUACCUGUGUUACCCCAGGGUAUGUAUUGUAUAAGAUAUGACAGUAGUUCUGAGUUUUGGCAAAUAUAGCAGAAAUACUAAAUUACAGUUGGCAAAUUUGUAUCUUUUAUGUGGAAGAAUCUACCUGCAGAGUAAUCUUGACUACUCUCAAAAAUAAUCUAAAGCCUGAAUGAUAAACCCUUGGGGGCAGAUUCAACAUAUGCUAGUUUAUUCUAUGAAUUUGCAUUUAUUAGUUGACUUCAUUACCUUCUGUUACCUUUGGAAUCUGACUAUGGAUUGAAAACACUUAAUGAACACAUUCUUUUUUCUUUGGUAACUUCUGUUUAACAAAGGAACUUGGCACCACAAAAGAAUACUGGCUUCUUUUAGGUUAUGUUCUUUGGUUGAUUUUUAGAAGGACUGCCAGGUAAAACUUUUUAAAAUAAGUCCUAUGACAUGUUAGUUUAAGAAUGUAUUUUUCAUAAUUGUGUGCUUGUCCUUAACUUUACUCUGAAAUUCAAUUUUUAAUCAGGUAAAGUUUUAAAUACACACAUUUCUAAUGGUGCUCAUAUAUACUGUAUUUUUAUUUUUUUACAUACUGAGAGUUUCACAGCAUGAACCCCACAUAAAUCAUAGCUAUCUUUGAUUUUUUACUCCCCAAACUGUUCAGGUUUAUUAGAGUCUAGUCAGAUUGAAAAAGUUCCAAUAAUUAUAACUUCAUUUAAACUUUUGAGUUAAAACAUAGUAAGAUUCUCUUUCAUCUUAGUGUUCUCUCUCUAGUGUUAUUUGAAUUUUAAUUGUUCCAAAAACAUACUUAAUCAUUCUUAGAUACUUUAAGCAACUAAAUUGAGUUCUGUAUUUAACUGAAGGCAAAACAAUGUGACAAAGUUUUAUUUUUAAACACUAAGUUCUUGAUAUCUUCCUAUGGUGUAUAUUUUUAUUAAAUAUUUAUUUUGACUACUGAGCUUUCAUAAAAAAUUUAAAGCUGUUUUAAUUCCAUCAACUAUGGAAAACAAAUUGCUGUUGCAUUUUCCUAUAAAUGCAUAUAUUACAGUUUAACCAAAAUUUCAUCGUCUUUGGCAUAUUUUCCAGCUAUAAAAGGUAGUUAGCCUCAUGUAGGAUUAAUAGUUAAUUUUAGCAAAUUUAAACCUGAAAACUGUUAGGUUGAAGAGUAGAUAUAAAUCAAAUUUAUUAAUUUAUAUCUGAUUUUUUGAGUUAAAAUACAUUUCAAAUGAGUUUUACAGUAUCGAAUAAAGUUGGUUUUAAUUUAAAAUGUUAAAGCUCAAGCUAUCAUCCUGAGAUAGUAACUGAUUUCUAAUUAUGUAGAAUUUAAAAAACUGUAUUUCUGUUCCUCUGAGAUAACUAAAUUGUUUCAAAAAUCAUUACUGUAAGUUUUUAUAAAGAAAUAUUUUCUAAAUAGGUCACAAGAAACAUAGUCUACAUUAAAGACCCACUCUUACUAGCUUCCCUGAGGUUGUGUCAUAGAUUAUUUUUUAGGCAAUUUAAAUCAAGCACUGACACCAAUCAUAGUUCAUUUUUGAUUUAGGAGAUUCUAUUCAGGAUUUAAAGCAAUACCCAGUUUCAGUUUUUAAAUUAUGGAUUUGUGACUCCAGGUAUAAGAUGGAGAAUACCUCAUAUACUAUGACUUGAAAAACAAAAUCUAUGUUAAUCUUAUGUUCUCUCCACGUAUCUUGAGAAAAAGUUUCUGAGUUUGAUCUCUUCUGUUAUAGUAUCAAACAAAGAUAAUUCAGAAAAGUAAAGAGAAUCUUUCAUGACAGCAGAUUAUAAUAAGAGCUUUGAGUAAUAUUUUAAUAAAAUUGUAUAACUAUUGAAAAGUUAAAAAAUAUAUUGUUAUCCAAUGAUUUUUGUAGAAAAAAAGAAUUUCCUCCUUAUUUGCACUUAGAACAAUGCCUAUCAUGUAGGAAGUGCUCAUGUAUUUGAGUUUUAAAUAAUUUAUUUAAGUCAAAUCCACUCUGAAUAAUUAAUGAUUUUUCCAAAUUAAUGUUUCAACCCUCACUUCAUGUUAGAAUCAUCUGGAGGGCUCUUAAAUAUGAAUCCCACCCCACAACAAUUUAAUCUGAAUUUCUUAGGUAGGGGGCCAUGCUUCUAUCUUUCUUAAAGUUCUCAGGUUCUAAUUUGUAGUCAGGGUUAAUGACCACUGCUCAAAAUUAGUUCAGGAAAUUCUAAAUUAGUUCAAGAAAAUCCUCUUUAUCUCUUCUGUGUUAACUUUUUAAUUUAGUAACAUAACCCGGUUAAGUUUUGAUGUUUUAAUAAUUAUGCUCUUCUGAUAACUAGUAUUUAUUUCAUCUUAAGUACCGUCAAGCUUGCUUAUGUGUAAGGUGAUUAUUCUCUUUAAACUCAUAGUAGAAAUUUUAUUGAAGCUGUUCAAGUGAAAAAAGGUAAUAGAUUUUUUCCCACCUCUUUGGAACUGCCUUUAUGGGGAUAUGGAUGGUUAGGGGCAUUUUAGUCCAGUUCACUAACCUAUGGUUCAUAGUUGUAGGCAUCUGUAUGUUUGGAAAAGAAAGCUUAUCAUAGGUCUGUGUGCUGGUAAAGCGAUGUAGUUUUAGUUCUCACUGUUUUACAAAAGAAUAUAUUCCCCCAGGAGUUCUAGGAAAGCUUUGACAAUCCCAAAGGGGCAGUUAUGUUACUUUUUCACUGCUUCUCAGAAGAAAGAAUUACAUUUUUCUCCUAUUGCUCCUAUGGUAUUUCCUUGUUAACAUUCAGAAUUGGGAGGUUUAUCUUGUAACUAUACCAGUAAGUGAUUUCAUGAAGCUCAUGACUUGGAGGAUAAAACAAAUAUGUUUGCAAUUUUGUGUUUACGUUUAUGUAAAUAUUUAGUAUGUGAAUUACACAAUUCUAAUAAAACCUCAUGCGUUUUCAUUAUAUCUAAUUUGAGCUCUCAACUUCAUGUUGCAGAAUACUUCUUUGAAGAUGCUUUAAUGAGAACUAUUAUGAAAAUAUAUAGAUUUGUAUGUCAGUUUCUACUUCAGAAAUCCAUAUAUUUGUCAUAUUUAUUUUUUUAAAAACUUCCUAAUUGUUUGCAUGACUAAAUGAUAUUUAAAAUGAACCCCCCAAAAUAUCUGGUACCUUUGUCCAAAAUUUUGUCUCUUGGAAGCUAUCAGCCAUCCAUGUUAAGGGUUUAUAAGAAAAUAGUUUAAUAUUAUAUGCAUUUUAUAUUAUGGUGGUGUCUGUGUGUACCAUAUUUCUAAAUAUUCAGUAUAAAAUGCUUUUUAAAACCUUCACCUGAAUUGCCUUUUAGUGUUCAAAUGAGAAGUACAGUAGUGUAUCAACAGAUUUCUGCCCCACAAAGACAGAAGAGCUGGUGGGUAGUUUUUAUUAGCAGUGAUAUGAAAAAGAUGUGUUAAAUUGCUCCAAGAACAGUGAUACAUUUUCAACCCUUAGUGACAGAGACUAAAGAAAAUGAGACAAAUUCAAAUAUGGAAUUUUAUACACAUAAGUAGAAGUCAGUGUGGUGAAAUAAUUAGGAGUCUGAGUUAUGGAUCUGCCUGGAUUCAAAUCUUGUUACCACCCUUACUAAUAUAACUUAAAGGAAUGUUUAACCUAUAUGUCCUUGGUUUACAUUUAUAUAGGUUUAAUAUGUAUAUAUCCUAUUGUAUAAACUGGCAGGUAUUUUUGUAACUAUAAAUAAUGCAUGCUUAGCCAUGUACAUUGUAAAUAGUCUUUACCAAACACGUUUGAUAAGGACCAUAAUUAACAUCACGUAGUAAAUUGUGUAAAGAAAAGCCAUGAUUUAUUUGAUGUAAUUGGCUUAAUUUUUUUUUCACGUAGUAUCAACAUGAAUCUGUUUACAGCUGUAACCAACCAGUAGUACUGAUCUAUCCAUCCAGUGUUGUCUUUAUUUUAUUUGAUUGUGGCUUGAUAAUAUUUUAUUAGAUUGGGAAAACUAAGGAAACAGAAUGGUUUUAGUUUUGCUAAAGACUGGCCUUAUUAAUGAACAGCUUUCCUAACAAGUGAUUAUUGACUUUUAGCGGGUGUUAACGUCUGUUUCAUAACAUGGCAGUAUGUUUAUAUGUCAGAAGUUUUAUGACAUUUCUAAGUUGAUUUGUUGAAAUAAAUUCAGCAAGUGGAAAAAUCUAUAUAUUUAUAUUAAAAAUAUUAAUAUAUUUAAAUUGUUUAGGAUAGUUCUUGGUAUAGUAAAUGAUAGAUGUUAAUCAUUAAUGUAAUCAUAAGGCUUAGGUAUGUAGUAAAUAAUAGAUGUUAAUCAUUAAUGUAAUCACAAGGCUUAGGCUUGCAUUUGAUACAUAUGAUUUGCUUUAUGUGUUAGCAGAGAUAAUGUUAAUGAUGGUCGUAUAGCAAACAGAUUAUUAGAUAUUUAAUGCUGGUUCCUUAGCCAGCUAAGGAACUUGUUCUUUUGCUGUUCACUGCUUUUAGGAAGGUAGCAUAAGAUAAAAUCUUUUGUAAAAGUCUCUGAAGACUUAAUCUCAGGCAAAUUCAUGUUCUUUGGAACCCACUUUAUUCAAAGUAACAUUUCUGUGACUCUGCCAAUGGAUAGCAUAAUUCCCAUCAAGUCGUGUUUUUAUUGUAUAGGAACCUGAUGCCUUCAGUUUUUACCUUAAGCAAAAUACUUCUCACCAAACCAUUCUAGUUUUCCCUUUCUUAAAGACUUUAGUGGUUAAACUCCAUUGUCCUUAUUCCUUCCUUCCCCCAUGGAUUUAGUUUCUGAUAUUAGGAAAGUCAUCUGAUUAAUCCAUGUUAAACUACAAAUGAUAGGUCUUGUUAGUCAUCUUAACAGUUAAAUCAAGUGAACUUCUUUCUUUAUAAAGUUGCAGGCAAUACAGUGGGAGUUAUUUGAGGGAUAUGGAGUUUCUCCACCAUUCUGCCUAUCUAAGCAAGGAAUUGCGAAAGACCACAGAAAAUCUUUGUAACUGCAAGAAGACCACUUGUGACCAGAAUCCUGUUUUUGAUGGGCACUGGCAGGCCAGGUAACUGCCUUUUGGGAGUGGAAUCAGAGUAAUCAAACUGUCAGCAGAAUUGGACUUAAGCUCAGUAGUGACAUCUGUAAAACUAAUUCCUGAGUAGUGAAUAUACAGAUCUUACUUGAUUUACGAUGGGGUUACUUACCAAUAAACCCAUUGAAGUU